AUGGCGUCCUCCACCGCUGCUAAUCACGUCCAUGCGCUUCCCUCCCCGGAGCGAUCACGCCUCUUCACCCGCGUGUUCCAUCUAGAUGCCGGAUCAGGCGAUGAUCCUCUCAAAGGGCACCUCCAAACCGUUGACAUCACAUCGCCACCGUUCACCUAUGAAGCGCUAUCUCACCACCCAGGCAUCGCCAACGACCCCAGCGCCUUUCUAUGGAUCCGGAACCACGCGGUCCCCAUCCGGCCGAACCUCGAAACUGCGCUGCUCGCCCUGCGUGAUCCUGAACAGCCGCGUGCAUUGUGGGUGGAUGCCCUCUGCAUAAACAAGGAUGACGUCGAUGAGCACUCGCGGCAGGUCCGCGACAUGAGCGUCAUCUACAAACAGGCCUCUCGCGUCAUCGCCUGGCUCGGCCCCAAGACGGAGGGCAUGGAUCUCGCCUUUGAGCUGGCCCAGCGGUUAGCGAGGAUCCGCGAGGUCGAGGACGAGCAAGACCGGCUCAGCGAGGUCCCUGUCGAUAGCGAGUCCCGGGAAGAGGUGAGGGAGGUUUUCCUGCACGGCCUGUCCCCCGACAACCUGCACCAGCUGCACGAGAUGUUCCGGCGACCCUAUUUCACACACUACUGGUGCGUCGUGGAGGUCAUGGCGGCUGCCGACGUCAUCGUCAAGAGCGGAGACCUUGAAAUCUCGUUCAAUGAUAUUGGCCCCUCGCUGUCCUCGGUUGCGCAAGCAAAUGCUACGCCGCAGCAGGACUCCCCGCUCGAGGUCUGGUGGAAAGUGUGGGCAAACCGGCCUGAACCUGGUAUGCCUCAGUCCCAUGUCCCUGGCUCCAUGGGCAGCGCCCUCGAGCUGCUGGAGACGAUGCGUUGCUUCCAUUCGGAUGAUGUGCGUGACAGGGUGUUUGGUCUGCGAGGAAUCUGUGAUGAAGGUCUGGAUCCAAUCGCCACACUCACGCGCACGGGGCCGCUUCUUCGCCGAACUGCGUAUAGAGGCCUCCAGUUAUUGUCACACGUAGGCGCGAAAUGGCCGGGAAGGAAGAUGGGGAGCUAUCAUAUCCCGGCUCUUGCGGCCGAUUACCACAAGUCGGAUGUACAGACGUAUGUUGACCUGACGAGGUUUCUGAUCCAUAGACCACCAGGUGACCUGGAUGUCCUCAACCUUGUGGAUCAUAAUGAUUCUGAACCUGACAGCUAUCCCACCUGGGUACCGAAGUGGUUUGAAAUGAGAGGGAGCAGCGUGAUCCAUAGCUAUUUCCGCGCAGGUCUUGUCACCGGCCGAAGCCCAUGUGCUCGAGUUCACGAUAACCCGAGCAAGGGAUCACCGAAGAACCCGCUCCAACUAUCCCUUGAUGGAUUUUGGGUGGACAAUAUCGAAUCUGUCUCUGAUGUCCUGUCUUUUGAAAUAGGCACUCAGGAGGCAAAUAUCUUGCUGAUGGAGCAGACCUGGUCGCGCUUCUUUUCUUCCUCUCUGGCGGAUCCAUCUGGACAGCAAUAUCGAGAUAGUGGGCCCCUGGAUGUAGCUUUCUGCGAAGCACUCUCUGCUGGUGGCCUGCCAGAUGCCCCUCCCGUUGGUAUACUCCCAGUCUCAGACCCCGAUAACAUCGUCCAGCAGUAUGUUGAAUGCCGUAUUGAUGACGGACGGCAAGCCCGGGCUUUCCUUGAUCGCUUGGGGCCGGCAAGAUCAGAAGGUGAACCAGUUCCACCGCUCUACGGAGACGCUGCCCAGUUCUUUGCUGGAGUGGUCAAAUACGCGAAUGCUCGGCGAGUCUUCCUCACGAAACAUGGACGCCUUGGGUUGGGUCCCAAGGGAAGCAGGGCAGAGGACAAGAUAGUGGUCUUCUAUGGGGCACCGCUGCCAUUCGUGGUGCGCAAGAUGCAGGAUCACUAUCAACUUGUUGGGCAGUGCUACAUUGUAGACUCGCCCGUUAUGACGGGGGAAGUUGCAGAGCAGGUCUACAGGAAUAAGAUGGGAUCGGAGACGUAUAACCUGCGAUGA